AUGGCUUCUGCAAUCAAGGAGACAGUCUCUAACCUCGUGGACAAGCUCCAUAUCUCCUCACAGGAUGCUCUUCGUGAGCCCUCUGUUGAAGAGUUCCAGCAACUUAAGAAGAAGUACGACGACGCUGGACAAGGACAAGUGCUUGCCUUCGUCGACGAAUUGAAGCAGACCGAGAAGACCCAGCUUUUCCAUCAACUUUCCAACUUCGACCCCACCCGUAUCAACGAACUGGCCGACAAGGUCUUGAACCCUCCCCAAACCCAGAGUGAUGAGCCUGUCUCUCUCGAGCCCCUACCCGAUGUGGCUACCGCUUCGAUUCUUGACUCAGACCCUAAGGAAAUCCAGCAGUGGUACGAUGAGGGAUUGAACUUCGUGGCAGGUAACAAGGUUGCGGUGGUUUUGAUGGCUGGAGGACAGGGAACCCGACUGGGUAGCUCUGCCCCUAAGGGUUGCUUUGAUAUUGAGCUCCCUAGUCACAAGUCGCUCUUCCAGAUCCAGGCCGAGCGGAUUGCCAGGCUCCAGAUCCUCGCUCAGAAGGUUUCUGGUAAGGAGGCUGUGAUUCCUUGGUAUGUCAUGACCAGUGGCCCCACUCGCAAGCCUACCGAGGAGUUCUUCCAGAAGCACAACUACUUUGGUCUGAGCAAGAGCAAUGUGGUUAUCUUUGAGCAGGGCGUUUUGCCAUGCAUUUCUAACGAGGGCAAGAUCCUGAUGGAGAGCAAGGGCAAGGUUGCCGUUGCACCUGACGGAAAUGGUGGUAUUUACCAGGCCCUUCUGACAUCGGGAGUGCGGGAUGACAUGCGUAGCCGUGGAAUCGAGCACAUUCACACUUACUGCGUUGACAACUGCCUUGUCAAGGUUGCUGACCCUGUCUUCAUCGGCUUCGCUGCUUCCAAGUAUGUCGAUAUCGCCACCAAGGUGGUGCGGAAGCGUAAUGCCACCGAAUCGGUUGGUUUGAUUCUGCAGAAGAACGGCAAGCCCGAUGUGGUUGAGUACUCCGAGAUUGACAAGGAAACCGCCGAGGCCAAGGAUCCUAAGCAGCCUGACGUCCUUAAGUUCCGCGCGGCGAACAUCGUCAACCACUAUUACUCCUUCCGUUUCUUCGAGUCUAUUGAGACAUGGGCUCACAAAUUGCCUCACCACGUUGCCAAGAAGAAGAUCCCCUGCAUCAAGCCCGAGACUGGAGAGGUCUUCAAGCCAGAGAAGCCCAACGGUAUCAAGUUGGAGCAGUUUGUUUUUGAUGUCUUCCCAUUGACCCCUCUGGAGAAGUUCGCCUCCAUUGAAGUCCGACGUGAGGACGAGUUCUCACCGCUGAAGAAUGCCAAGGGCACUGGUGAAGAUGACCAGGACACCAGCAAGCGCGAUAUCAUGAAGCAAGGACAGCGCUGGAUUGAGAAGGCGGGUGGUGUUGUGGUCAGUGAGGAUGAGAAAGUCGGCGUUGAAGUGUCUCCGUUGAUCAGCUACGGAGGUGAAGGACUCGAGUUCCUCAAAGGUCGCGAAAUCAAGGCACCAGCAAUCAUUGAGAAGGAAGAGUAA